GCCGGCGUGACCGCCGGCGGAGGUCAGAGCUCGACACCUCCUGUGCCGCCGCCUGUGGCGGAGAGUGCUGAAGCACCUGGGCCUUCUGGCGCCGCUGCUCCGAGUGAGGAUCCAGCGUCGGGACCGACCGAGGGCCUUUCGGGGUCGGGCGGCUGGCUGGGGGAGUUCGUGGCCCUGUGGCUCCACGUGCUGAUCGCUUUGGGGCAGGCGGCAGUGGUCUUGGGAUACUCCUGCCUGAAGAACGUGUGCUCUUGGGACAGCGCUGACAUCCUGGGCGUUCGGUUCGUGGACACUCGUCGUGACCGCGGGGGCCUGGAUGCAGGGCUGCUGUACGGGUUCAGGCGACGCUUGACUGUGAAUGAGGAGACCGCAGUCAUGGCGGCGGUGAUCCAGGUGGCCGACGAGACGUACCUGGCUCGGGAGACCGCUGGAGGCCGCGCUGCUGUGUUGCCUGCUGGUGGCGCACUGCGGGCUUUCGACUUCGGGCUGCGCGGCGCGGGAGCUGGGCAGCAGCUGGUCGGAGCCGACGGUGGCGCUGCUGGAGGCAACGCUGAAGGUGCGGCCGCCCUGGUGGGCGUAGGGCCCGCGCGGGGACCUGGUCUUGGGGUCGCUGCUGGUGGUGCAGCCGCUGCUCAACCCGUGGGUGCUGGAGCGCCUGGGCAGGCAGCGGCGGCCCCUGUCGCGGUCGGGGGCCCAGGUCCAUUCGCGGCUCCUGCUGCGCCGGAGUGGGUGAUGACGGAGACGACGGCCGCGGGAGACCGCGGGACGGUUGUGGCCUUGAAUGGGACGGAGCGUCUCGGGGGCGACGUCGGGAUCAUGAGGACCGACAAGGGCUGGAUCGGCAUCCGACGGGUGUCGCUCAGCCUGGCACUCUACGCUGGCGCUGAGGCUGGACUGGGCGCCAGGCACCUGGGGAUCUCGCUGCAGUCAGACGGCCAUCGCCCUCGGAUUCAGUUCCGAGACGCUGUCGCCAAGUUCGAGCAGACUCCGCUCCCAGGCUGGCCUCUGGAGGGCCCCCGUUCGGCAGCGCGGUGCUUCGUCUUCAUCGACAGACGCCGCGGGGGCCCGCUGGAGCACUUCACGCAGUUCAAGAGUCAGUACCACUUGACGAACGAUGAUUACGGUGUGGCCCACUACGAGAGCAUCAUGAGGAUGAUCGAGUUCUUGGCCUGCUGGGAUCAGGUGAAUCUCCACGACCUCGUGGGCGUCGAGGUGGCGAUGCGACAGGCGCAGCUGUACGAGUACGCGUACGCAAUGGAGGUACACCGGGAGCUGGAAGAUGCGGUUCGCCGCUUCGGAGAGCCGCCGCUGGAUCUCGACGGCCCAGGAGCCCUUGCGGAGCUUCGGGUGUCUCAGGCGCACCGCGGGGAGGCCGUGGCCAUCGCCCCGGUUGGCUUCGACAACGUCGACCGCAUUUCCUUGCCUGCGGCUACGACUUCUCCACAGACGUUAGAGCACUUGGCUGGUGAUGUGGGCCGGAAGAUCGCCGACCGUUUACAAGAUUUGUUGCUACCCCGAGAACAGGGGUUGGACCGCGUCCGUACUGAGGGACCACGUCGGCUAUACGUUGAUCCCAACCUUCGUAACCCUAAGUUGUAUCAGCGAGUGCUUCGACGGCUGGUGGACUCUAACUUGGUGAGUUUCCAGCUGGACUGCGAGUGCUCGGUCGGGCUCUUUUUCGUUCACAAGAAAAAUGGCGAUCUAAGGAUGAUCCUAGAUGGCCGCUACUCGUCAUUGCGCUUCGCCGAGGCCGACAAGGUUGAGUUGGCCUCCGGCGGAGCUUUCAGCCAGAUCGCCGUAGACGGGGAUGACCCUAUCGCCGUGGCAGGCGUGGACAUCGCCGAUGCCUUCUACAACAUCCUGUUGCCUCCAUGGUUGCAAAAAUACUUCGGCCUCCCGCCCGUCAGAGCAGGCGACUUCAAUCUCUCUCACGUUGGCGAGGGUACCCCUGCGCAUCCCUCGCAAAAGGAGAUCUUGAGGCAAGACCGCUGCACUGGGGACACGCUCCGGAGGGUCAUAUCGCACUACACCUCUCGGGGCCUCAUCAGGCGGGAACUUCUGAGCGCUCUGAGCGCCGUGUACUCGUUCAUCCGCGUCGUCGAGUUGUCGUCCUUCAACGAGCGAUGGAGGUUUGGGCGAGACAACGAGAAGUCGAUGCCUCCCCGAGCCUUCGACAUCGGCAUGUGGGAGGAUGAGACCGAGGGGACCAAGACGAGCCCGGGGUUCACCGAGCCCCACCAUGUCCUGAAGGCCUCGCACGGCCUGUUGUUCGAGGAGCCCAUCAAGGUCUUCCCGGAGCCCCCAGAGGCCAAGUUCAGGAGCGUCUCGAAGGAGGUCUGGGGUGGUGUCUGGAAGCGUGUCCUCUCGAAGCCUUGGGAGCGCGAGGAGCCCCAGGUCAUCCUGGAGGGCAGGGCUCUGUAUGCCGUCAGGUCGCAGCGUUGGUUCUGUGCAGUGGCUGUGGCAUCGUCUGGCGCUGGGUGCCUUCUGAGCACAACAGUGCUGACUCAGCUUCGCGUAAUCGACCUGGCCUUACAGCUGAGGCUGAUCGCGCAGCCGCUGGGGAUGCCAGGCGCAGCAGCCCUUGUUCAGGUGACGGGCGGCUUGCCGAGAGGUCGGGGCGAACCGAGGACCAGCGUGGCCGUGGCUUCGUCUCGCCGCCGCCCGGCCUCAGCCUCUGCGACGAGCCUCGCUGUCCGAGCUCACGUGGAGAGCGACCGCCGAGCCGCCGGGCGCCUGCAGCGCCGCCAGGGCUACAGCCGGGAUAUCGUUCCGAAGCCCGGAGCGAGCCACUCGUUUCUGGAGCAGGAGUCGGUGUCUGCCGCCACCCGCCGGGACUACGAGAGGAGAGCUCACAGCUUCUACCUCUGGGCCGAGCACUCGCGCCUGGAGACGGUGACCGAGGAGCAACUGGACGAGACCCUGGCGAUCUACUUCCACGAGCAGUUCCUGGAGGGGGGCGAGAGCACGGACGCGUGGAAGCUCUUUGCGUCGCUGGCCUUCGCGGGGCGCCACCUGGGCUUGAAGUGCAGCAGUCUGCCGCGUGCGACCCGAGCUGCUCGAGGAUGGCGCAAGCUGGCUCCGCCUCGGUCGAGGCUUCCGCUGCCGUGGGCUGCCUGCUGCCUUGUGAUCCGCCAGCUAGUCCAGGCGGGACAGCGAGUGCUUGCGGAGCUUACGGCCUGGAACGCCAAGUUCGCCGCCGCAGCCAGGGACAGUGGUCUUCAGCCGUUGCUGCCACUGACCCUUCACCAGCUCAGGCACGGAGGAGCGAGCCACGAGCUGCUGGCGCGGGCCCACGCCCAAGACGAGGUGAAAAAGAGAGGUCGAUGGGCCACAGACCAGGCCGUGAGGCG